AUGAGUGACUCCAGAAAGACAACUCCAAUUGAGGAAGAAGCUCCCAUGACAGUAGCUGAAAAGGAAGAGCUACAACACCAACUAGACAAGAAGAUUAAAGAGUCAAUAUCUUUAAAGGUUCCGGUAGAGUUGUUGGAUUGUGAUGUUGAUCUGGAGACUAUCUCCAGUAUUCUCCGACAAGCUGAGGAAAGUGAAAGGGAACAAAAGGAGAAAAGAGAGAAGGAAAUCCUUGAGCAUGAGGUAGGAGAGAAACUUGAGGAACUUGCAAAGGAACAACUAGAAGAAGAGAAUCAACAACAGCCUCCAAUGCAAAGCAAUGAACUUAAGGAGCAACCACAAGCAGAGCACCAUGAGGAAGAAGAAGAACAAAAAAAAGAAGAAGAGCGAGAGCAAGAACAGGUGACACAAAGUUAUGCAAUGACUGCUCAAGUUACUCCUCAAGGUGGAAAACAAGAUUCCAAUGUGCCUCGGUGGCUAGGUUUCAAUUUUGAAAGGAAGAGAAAGAUUGUCUUGUCUAAAGUGACCCUACAAGAUGUUAUGGUUGAGACUCCAAAGAAAAGAAAAAGGGAAAACAAUUUACAUCAUUUAAUAAGGAAUGAAUCAGGUGAGGUCUUGGCAAGCAUAGCCACCCCAAUGCCAGGCAAUGAAGGUGAAGAGCCAACUCCAACUAGCUACCAAGUCUCUCAAGUGAACUUGGGAAAAAAAAUCAAAUGGGGAGAGAUUGCCACCUUGGAUGCUACUACUGCUAGCAUAAAGAGAAAAAUUGAGAAAGAACACAAGUCUUUGAGCGAUAAAUCAAGGCUCAACUAG